AGGAGCCAAAAUAUUUUAUAAUUUCUAGACGCGAGUGGCAUAUCCCUAGCCGAGUCUAUUUUCUUUACAUGUCUCUGGGCACAGCUGUUCUGUGGCUGUAGUUAGAUUAUUUAUGGUUGUUGCGUUUUAAAAUUUGUGUGAAAAGAAACAACAAACAAAAGUUAGUCAAUAGUUAUACAGCCUUUUUAAAUAGUUUUCAUAUACCUAUAUUUUUGGACUUUUGGACAAGAAAAACUCAUUCUAAUUUGUGUACGGAUGUAGAAGAAAGUGGACAUCCAAAACAGUGUUGUUACAAGGAUAUGUAUUAUCAGGUUUUACUCAAGAGGAGAACAAAACGAAAAAUAUGGAGACAAUUUUUGAACAUUCAUCCCAUAAAGGACACUGUAUGAGUCGACACGCUGAAGGGAAAACCUUGAAUAAAAAUAUAAAAGUUCAGACUACACAGGAACCUUACAGUUGUGAAAUUUGUUUCAAGAAGUUUUCUCACACAUCUAAAUUGAAAAAACAUUUGAUGGUACACACUAGAGAAAAAACACAUAAGUGUAACAUUUGUUUUAAGCAAUUUUUUACAGUAACUACAUUGAAAAGACAUUUGGUAGUGCACAUUGAAGAAAAGGCUUAUAAGUGUGAAAUUUGUUUCAAGACGUUUGCUCGGAAAAAUUAUUUAACUGAACACAUUAAAGUUCACAAUGGAGAAAAACCACAUAAGUGUGAAAUUUGUUUUAAGCAAUUUUAUACAGCAAGUAACUUGAAAAAACAUUUUAUGUUACACACCGGAGAAAAACCUUAUAAGUGUGAAAUUUGUUUGAAGAGGUUUGCUCAAAAAUGUUAUUUGACUGAACACAUGAAUGUUCACACUGGAGAAAAACCUCAUAAAUGUGAAAUUUGUUUUAAGCAGUUUGCUCAAAAAGGUCAUUUAACUGAACACAUAAAACUUCACACUGGAGAAAAACCACAUAAGUGUGAAAUGUGUUUUAAGCAAUUUUAUACCGCAAGUAAAUUGAAAGCACAUGUGAGGGUGCACACUGGGGAAAAACCUUACAUGUGUGAAAUUUGUUUCAAGAAGUUUACUCAAAAAAGUAAUUUAACUGAACACAUGAAGAUUCACAAUGGAAAAAAAGUUUCUAAGUAAUUUUCUACAGCAAGUAAAGUGAAACGGCAUUGGAUAAUGCACAUUGAAAAUAGGCCUUACAAGUCUGAAAUUUGUUUCAAGCAGUUUGCUCGAAAUAGUUCACACUGUAGAAAAAUUUACAAGUUACAAGUAACUUAAGAACACAUUUGAGAGUGUACGCUUUGGAAAAACCUUGUAAGUGUGAAAUUGGUUUUAAGACCUUUGCUCAAAAAUGUCAUUUAACUAAACACAUGAAGACUCACAAUGGAAAAAAUCCCAAGUAAUUUGCUUUAAAGACAGCUUUAGAAAAAGGAAACUGAAUGUUUGAGCCAGUGAUUCCUCUUAUACUGAGCACAAGAGUAAUCUUGCAUCGCGAAUUCUGCUUCGCUGUGAUAAAAGCAGCUUACAUCGUUGAGUUAAAAGCAUCAUUGGAACGAAUUCUUUUCUACCACGAACUAGUUGUAUGUACGGGAGAUUUUCAGGAGGAUAUUUGUGAAGACAAACGCCAAAAAAAUUAAAAUUAAGCGACAGUAAUCAGCAAUAUAAAACUUACAAAAGGAUGUGUACUAUUUCAGUGUUUCCCAAAUCGUUUUGCUCCGUAGAUCAUUUACCAAAAUUUUUUGGAUUUAAAUAGACACCCUAAUGUCAUAUUUUUUUAAAUUUACCAUAGUCCGUCCCACCUUGACUUUACAGUAUACGCUGUGAGCUCGUACGUAGAGGGGAUAUUUACAAAUUCGCGAGCGCCAGUAGUGGCAAGUCUGUAAACGUUUACCGGAAAUUUGACAUAAAUGUCAAAGUGAUUAAUUUAAAAUUAAAAUUAAAAACAUUAAUUAUAAAAAAUAUUAGUUGGUCAAAGUUGUGGUAUAUAUUUUUACCUUAAAUAUACUUACGUUGUAAAUACUGAAUUUAAGUUUUUUUUUAAUGUUCCGUAAUAUUAUCUUAAUAUAUUAAUCUUAGCGCCAUCUACAUGACAAUUGUGAAAGUAUCCGAAGUAAGAAAUUCAUAUUUUAUCAAUAGAACGUCAAAAUGAUUAGCAAAAUCUUAAAAAAAUCGAUUACAAUUUAAUUACUUUUUUGCGUUGUAAAUAUUAAGCGAUAACAAUUAAAUAAUAAAUUUAAAAAUUGAAUAUACAUCACGUUGUAAACCGCUGCGAAAUUUAUCAGUUUUUAAAUGAUAAAAACACAGUUUAAAAUUAUUUUGUUAGUUCCUCCACAUUGUUAUAGUGGAAACACCAUGUAAACCCCGCAAACCUGACGUGAGUACCAAAAACCACAUCUAUUAUAUUUAUAUUAAUAAUAAUAUAACCUAUAAAAUAUCCAAGAAAUAUAAAUAGGACCAGUUUUGGGCCAAGAUCCACACCGGUUUUUGAACCGGCGACAGGGCCGGCCUUGCAACGUCUCCAAAAUUAAUCAAACAUGACUUCGAAUAACACCAUGAACACUACACAAACUACAUCUCACAUCUCAUAUUCCAGUGUUGUUAACACGUUUAAACAACCAACAAAAGACGAAGCCAUAGUUCUUUCUAGUAUUGAAGGAACCAAAGUUCAAGAGUACAUCAUAGCCGUCGGUUCAAUAGUUGGUCCACGUAACGUAUCUUUCGCUUCCAGAAUAGCCAAUAAUAGAAUAUGUAUAUAUCUCUCUUCUAAAAAUAUGGUUGAUUCAUUGCUGCAUUCCCACAAAUACGUCAAUAUAAAAGAAACUCAAGUAGAAAUAAGAAGACUUAUCACUCCAGCUCAAAGACUGAUAAUAUCAAACGCUGGUCCUUCUGUUCCAACCACGUUAAUUGAACAAGAACUACGUAAAAUGGGUAUAAGCGCCGUCUCUAAAAUGACUUUUCUUAGGGUAGGAAUGCCUGAAAGCGAAUACAGCCAUGUCUUGAGUUUUAGAAGGCAAACAUUUAUCACACCUUUAGAAAAUAUGUCCAUUCCCGAUUCUUUCAUAAUCUCUCAUGAUAAUACCACUUACAGACUAUACCUUUCUAUAGAAGGAUUCAACUGUACAAAAUGCAAGACUAUUGGUCACCAAGAAACAGAAUGUCCUGACAAUGCUAAUACAAUCACUUCUAAUGCAACCACUUCUAAUACAACCAAUCUUGACUCAACCAAUUCUAAUCCACCCACUUCUAAUACAACAAAUCCUGACCCAACCAAUUCUAAUCCAACCACUUCUAAAGCUCUUCCAGAAACCUCCCAAAAUACACAAUAUAUAACACAUCUACCUUAUAACCAAACAGAACAAAUACCUUCUGACAAAGCCUUAAUAUCCACCUCUAACUAUCACCCAGCAUCUUCCCAAAACAUAUUAGAUCAGAUCCCAGACGUACAGGUCUCUAAUAACCAAUUAGAAUCUACCAUAGAAACUGACGACAUGUCAAGACCUACAAAUAAUACAAAUGAAACAAACACUUUAAAAAUCCCAACAUCAUCAACUUCCAACAAGAUCAGCAAUCUUACUCCAUUAGAAAUAACACAACCUAAAAUUAUUCCAAACGUCACAAAACAUCCAAAAAGGCUCAUCUCAUCGUCUCCAGAAAUCAACGAAAAUACCACACAGACCGAUUCUCAUAUCUUCACUUCUCCAGUAACAAGGAAAUCAAAGAAAAAAACAAAAACGUCUAAAAGAAAUUCUCGAGAUGAACUUUUACUUUCCCUAGAGACAAUUAAAGACAAAAUCGCAAACAGAUCACCACCAUUUGUCCUUAACUUCGACGAAAUAUGUGACUUUCUCGAAAACACAUUAAACGCAAAACAUCCCGAAAUAACCUCAAAAAACUAUUCGAACGAAACAGCCGAAUUAAUUCAGAUCCUUAAUUUUGUUCACGCUUAUACCCACAAUUCAAAAUUAAAAAAUAAUAUAACUCGAUUAAGAAAGAAACUAAGCCCCAAUAAUUUCUCUUCCACAGAAGAGACCGAUGAAACACAUUCUCAGUCAGAACUCGAAAAUGUCUAACCCCUAUAUAUUACAGUGGAAUAUCAAUGGGUUCUACACCCAUUUAGAACAAUUAAAACUUCUAAUAAACGAAACAUGCCCUAAGAUCUUAUGUUUUCAAGAAACCCAUUUUAAGCAAUCCAAUAUUAAUCUUCAAAACUACCAAUGUUUUCCAAAAAACAGAAUAGCACAACAGGCAAGUGGCGGAGUAGCCAUCCUUGUAAGAACAGACCUAGAAGCUAAGCCAAUCACAUUAAGAGUGUCCUCAAUUUCAAAAAGAAAGAAGAUCCCAUAGAAUCAUAGACGAUGACCUCAAGACAAUCCUCACCAAAAAAGUUUCAUCAGUAUUAACAUAUUUAAAAGACAUCAAAUUGUAUAAUAUUAAAUUAAAUUGUAUUAUAUAUUUAAUGUAAUACUUUGUAUUGUCAUAUCCACUAAUAACCCUGCGCGGUUGAUGUGGUUUUGUGUUUUAAAUAAAAAAAAAAAAAAAAAAAUUUAAAAAUUACCGAUGAAAGUUGAAUUAGUAGUCCGCUAGGAGCGACACCAGCGAAGCUCAGAGCGUAUAGGGAACAUAGACAAUGCAGUCAUUAUGAGAGUUUUUAGCGUAGUGAUGCCGAUUUUAUCAAAAAUAAUUUGUAUUGAAACAUUAGAGGAUUAAAUUAAAACUGUUUUAGAAAGGCAAUCUACAAUUUUAGGAUUCAUAAUAAAUAAUAACUAUAGUAUAAUAUCAAAUAAAGUUAAAUGCAUACGAAUCCUAAAAUUGUAGAUUGUCUUUCUAAAAUAGUUUUAAUUUAAUCUCUCUAAUAUUCGAUUACAAAUUCUUUUUGAUAAAAUCGGCAUAACAGCGCUAAAAACUCUCAUAAGGACUGCAUUGCCUGUGUUCCCUAUACUGUAAAGUCAAGGGGGGGGGGACUUUUUUUUUUUUUUUUUUUUUUUUUUGUGACUUUAGCACUUAGCUAUUUAGCCAGAUACAACUUGAUAAUAAUUAAUACUAAUACAAAAAAAAACUAUUAAACCUAAUACAAAUUAUUAAAAAGAAAAACAUAUUAUUCUAAUUUACUUAAUACUAAAUAAAAAAGUGUCUAUCUAUACCUACUAUUGCAAACAGAUCAAAAUUGUCAAAAGAAAAAAAAAACCUCUUAAAAAUUACUAAAAGACAUUACUAUAAAUAGGGAAAAGGAGGGAAAAUAAACAAUUGGGUAAAAAAAAGGUUAACGAAAUUGGCUAAAAUUGAUUACAGACAUACAUUUGUACUAUGUAUAAAUUUGAUUAGACAAUCAUAUACUCUUUUGUCAUUAGUAGCCAAUAGGUUAUUUAUUUGGUACGGAGGAAAUAUUUGCAGCGUUUGCAAGCUGCUUAAAAGAGUUCCUGUAUGCUGAAUAUAUUUGGAACAGUUAAAAAAGAUGUGAUUAAGAUCUCCUUGUUCUUGACAUGUUUCACAUAAGUCUGAAUUGUAAAUUUUGAUUUUAGCAAGAUGAGUAGGAUAACAAGCAUGACCAAAUCUCAAUCUUAUUAAGGUUGUUAUAUAUUUACGGAUGUUACUAAAUUUCUUAAACCAUCUCGAAUUUGGAAUUUGUGGUUGUAUAUAAAUAUAUUGUGUUGUUGAGUGGUUACAAAAAGUUUGCCAAUAAGUUUUCCAACGAUCUAUUUGAUUUCUUUUAGAGAUACAAAAAGUGUCAGGAAUACAAAUUCUCUCCUCUGGUACAAUUUCAGCUGAAGAGGUUAUUGCAGCUUUAGCUAAAGAAUCAACAUGCUCAUUAUAUUUUAUACCAACAUGAGCUUUUACCCAAAUAAAAUUAGUAGAUUUAUUUUUAUUUUUAAGCUUGACAAGCAUGUUCUUAAUUUGGUAAAUGAAAGGAUUAGAAUUAUAAUUGGGUAAUUUUGAAUUUUUGAGAGAUAAUAAAACUGACAAUGAAUCGGAUAUUAUUAACACUGAAUUAUUGUUUAAACUAUCGAAAUAUAUCAAGGAUUCAAGAAUUGCAAUUGCUUCUGCACUAAAAAUUGAGCAAUUAGAAGGUAAUUUGAACAUUUUUUCUGUUGACUUAGAUGGAAUGUAGAAAGCACAUCCGGUCCCUUCCGAUGUUUUGGAUGCAUCUGUAUAGAUUACAGUUGCUUUGGGCCAUUUGUCUAUACAGGAAUUCAAGAUGCAUGAAUCUAAUAAUGAACUAUUAUAAUAUGUAGGUAUACGUAUAUCAGGUUCAUAAAAAAAUGCGAAAUAGUCGUUAGUAUCAAGGUUGUUGAUAUUGUUGAUAUACUUAUUGUUGCACAUGGUUCUAAAGGCUGUACACAGGGUUGGUGUAUUUUUAUGAGUCCAGUAACUGUUUGUUAGAUCAUCUGUGUUUAGUGAGCUUAUGCUAGAAUAUAAUGAAUUAUUGAUACAUGCAAUUUUCACAACAAAUUUUUCACUCAGAUAAUCUCUUCUAAAAUUCAAGGGAGGUUCUAAAGCUUCAACAUGCAAUGGUGCUAUUGGAGUAGACUUCAUUGCUCCCAUACAGAUACGUAGAACAGUACGUUGAAAUACAUCAAUUUUAUUUAAAAUUUGUUUACUUGCUGAUCCAUAAAGUAUACAUCCAUAGUCCAGAAUAGAUCUGAUGUAAGAUUUGUAAAAUACUAAAGCUGUUUCUACAUCAGCUCCCCACCAAGUUUUAGAAAUGGAUUUUAAAAAGUUUAGACCUUUAUUGCUUUUGUCAAGCAUAUACUCGAUGUGUAAUUUCCAAGUUAGCUUUUGAUCUAGAAACAUGCCUAGAUACUUUAUUGACUUGCAGAAAUUUAAAGUUUGGCCAUUUAAUAAAAUAGUAUUUGUGUUAGGAAUAUUAUGUUGUGAAAAAAUACACACAUUAGAUUUACUAGUGGAUAAAUUAAAACCAUUUUCACAAAACCAUUUUGAGAAAUAUUCAUGUAAUUUUCUUAAGAUUGUAAGGGAGGGUUCAUAUUUUGUCCUUUCUGUAUAUAUGAGGAAGUCAUCCGCAUAUUGGAUUGUUUUGUAAGUAAUACUUGGUGCAUUAAGGCUAUGAAAAUCAGCCGUAUACAAAUUAAAAAGAAAAGGGCUUAAGACUGAUCCCUGAGGUAAUCCCCAACUAUUAUAACGUGGUCCAAGAAGUUCAUUUUUAUGGUUUCUAACGUAUAGGCGUCUAUAAGUGUAGAAAUUAAGAAUAGUUUGUGCUAGUUUUAUGGGUAUUUGAAACUGAUUGAUCAUUUUGUCUUUUAAUCGAGGUAAACACACACUGUCAUAAGCGCCUUCUAUAUCUAGUGAUAAAGUAGGCAAAUAAUUAUUUCUAGAAAAAUUACCCUGUAUGUCCGCUACAAGUGUAGCUAAAGCAUCUAAAGCUCCACAUCCUCGUCUGUAUCCAAAUUGAUUGUUUGGUAGUAACUUUUUAGUAUGGACCCACCAUUCUAGUCUGUUUUUUAACAUACGUUCCAAAGUUUUAAAUACACACGAAAAAAGAGAAAUGGGUCGAUAAGAUUCGGCUGAAUUUGGAUCUUUUGUAGGCUUUAGAAUCGGAAUAACAAUUAUGUCUUUAAAAAUAUUUACAUCAGAAUUGUCUUGAACUAUACGAUUAAAAAGGUCCAAUAGAAAAUGUUUUGCUACUUCUGGAAGGUUUAAAAGCAUGGAGUAUUUGAUAUGAUCGUAUCCUGGACUAUUAUCUUUACGAUUAUUUAUAGCGAAAAUUAGUUCAUUGUAAGUAAAAGGUUUUAAGAGAAAAUGAUUUUUAUCAGCUGGGGUUGAUGCUAUGGAGCUGGGAAUUAUUUGAGGGUUCGCAGUUGGGGGUGCAACUUUAAUAAGAAAGUCAUCCAUCCAUUUCUGAUCUAAAGAUUUUAUGUUUGAUAGCGGUUUUCUGUAAAGUUUUUUAGCUUGAUUCCAAAGAGUUGUAGCGGAUGUAUUUUUAUUGAGCGAAGAGACCCAUUCAAUCCAAUGCUUUUUGGCUAUACUUUUUAAUGUUUUUUUGGUUCUAGCUGCAAUCUCCUGAUAUUGAACAUAAUUUUCAAAAUUACUUUUUUUCUUGUAAUUUAUUAGAGCCAAUUUUCGUUGUUUGAUAAUAUUGUCACAAUCAAUAUUCCACCAAGGAGGUGGGUGCCUUUUACAUUUAUAAGGUUUAUAUUGGGGUAUAGCUACUCCCGCAGCCGUAUUUAUAUUAUUUAUGAAGAAGGAGUACUUAUCAAUUAGAUUAUCCGAGUGAAAAUUGUUUGUAUCGUGUAAAUUUUGAAUAGUAGAGGAAUAUAACGCCCAAUUGGCUUUUUUAAUAUUCCAUUUAUUUUUAGGAGAUAUUUCAUUUUCAUUAAUUGCAAAAAGAAGUUCUAUAGAUAUGACAUAGUGAUUUGAUCCUAGAGUGUCAGGAAUGACAUUCCAAGAUGUCUUGUUAACCAAUUCAGGUGAACAAAAAGUUACAUCGACAGCCGAAUCUUGUUGAUCAGGACGUCUCAAAAUUGUAGGUUCGCCAUUAUUUAAAAUUGUUAAAUUUAAAUCAUCUGCGACAUUUAUAAGUUGUGACCCUAUGGUAUCAUUAUUACGACAACCCCAUAUAGAGUGGUGUGCAUUAAAGUCACCACCUAUAAUUAAAGGACCCUCAAAUUGUUCAAAAAUUUUAGUCCAAUCGUCAUAUUUUGUUUGUAUUUUUGGAGGUUUAUAAACAGAUAAAAAAUUUAACAAUAAAGUUCCAUAUUUAACUUGAAUAGCACACACUAAAAUAUUUUCAUUGUAAUUUAUAUUGAUUUUAUGUUCAACAAAACGAAGAGAUUUGUGUACCAAAAUUGCCACACCAGCGUAGCCAUCGUUUCUGUCAUUGCGGACUAUAUUGUAACCACUAAAACUAUAUUUUUGAUUUCUUUUGAACCAAGUUUCACUUAUAAUAGCAAUGUCAAUAUUUUUAUCAUAAAGAAAUUGUACCAGACUAUUUUUGUUAGCUAUAGCAGAACGUGCAUUCCAUUGCAUUAUAUUUAAAUUGCGUGUUUUGGGCAUUUUAUUGGUUUUUCAAAGUAUCCUCCAAUACCUGUUCUAUGCUACUUGUAAUUAAUUUAAUAUCAAUAGGUUGUCUAUUGUUACUUGAAAGAAUUUUAUUUAAAAAAUCCACGAUAAAAAUGGAUAGGUUGCUAGCUAUACUACUCUUCUUGGUUUCCAAACAAGCGUAGUUUGGUUUAUUUGAAUUUAUCGGCAAAGGUUGUGAAGGUCCAAAGGAGAAUGGAAAUAAUGGUUCAUGGAUAGGUGACUGGAUAGUGGGAGAGUUUGAUUUUCUCUUCUUUUUCAUUGGAGGACUAAAGCUUACAGGAUUGGGUUGGGAAAGGAAAUUAUUUUGAUUGCAAUUGGUAUUUUUAGGAAUUUGAUUAGGUUGUGAUAAUGACAUACGAUGGUUGUUAGGAAGAACAGGAAAAUUUUGGUCAUAAUUUGUUAGCGGUGAAAAAGAGUUGUGAUUUACUAGACUGGAUAAGGAGUUUUCAGAAAUUUCUUUAGCUUCUUUAAAGGAGGUUUUUUGCUGUAUCAUUAUAUUUUUAAUUUUUUUUUGAUUAUCGUAAGAGGGACACUUUUUUGAGAUAGAAACAUGAUCUUUGCUUUUACAGUGUAUACAAAAAGUUAAAUUUUUAUCACAAUUAUGUUUAUCGUCUUUAAUUUCUCCACAAUUGAUACACUUUUCUUCAGUACUGUUACACUGCUUAGAUACAUGCCCAAAUUUAAAACAUUUGAAGCAUUGGGUCACUCUUCCUACAUAUUGUUCGACAGGAAAAAAGACUCUAUUAAAAGCUACUCGAUCAGGUAAAAUAUUCCCCUCAAAAGUAACAACAAUAGUUUUUUUUGGUACAAAUUCAACUGUUCUGUCUUCUUUUUGGACUUUUCUAUUUAAUCUGUAGAUAUUAGUGACGCGUGAGUGUGAUUCUAUAUUUUCCAUAAGAUAGUUGAUAUCGUAACGAGUAUCAACAUCUCUUACUAACCCUUUAAUUUCAAGUAAGUGAUUUGGAAUAAAUGCUUUUAAAUUUUCUGACUUUAGGAGGGGAUGUUUAACUAAAUUAUUUGCUUCUAAUAAUGAUUUUAAUAAAACCUUAAUCCGGUUUCGGCCUAUACUCUUAAUUUCCAAAAUGUUAUUAAGUUUAAAUUUUUUAAAAAGGAUAUGGGCAACUGUCAUUGCAUGCAAUUUUCCUACAUUAUUUUCAGUGCUUUCUAUGUAUACCCAAAUAUUUUGUACAUUGUACUUAUCUGAAAGAAUAUUGAAAGUUUUCGGUUCCAACUGCUUUGUUUUCUGGAGGUUACUAUCACUUGGAUUAUUACUAGUAACACUUGAAAUUAAAAUACUGUUAUCCAUAUCAGCAUCUGUCGUCACAAAAGACGUCGGUUGUGUAGUUUUGUCCCCCAUCGGGGACCGAUAUUUAUUAGUUGUCAGAAUACACUUGUCUUCUUAAUUGACUUUUCACUAAAAUUUUAAAGUUUACCUAUAUAAAUAGGUAUACAAUUUUAUUCACUGACAAAAACUGUUACUUUUUCAACUCGUAUGAAAGUUUAAAUAAUACUUUUUGAGCUAAAAAUGUUAAUUUUUACUAAGAGUAGAUUUUACUUCGUACUAUCAGUUUGAAGUUUAAAACGUCAAUGGGGGGGACUUUGGAUGCGAUCAAGUCUGUUUAAUAAAAAACUUCCCUUAAAUAUCUACUAUUUUAACUUGAAAUGUAUUUUUGUUAGCCGAUACAUUAUUUUUACAAAAAUAAAAACAUAUGAGUUUA